GCUGGCCGAGACAGUGCGAACAUCAGGGCGAAAUGCAAGGCGUUUUGGGAGCUGGUGGACUCGACGCCCCGCCUGAAGGGCAUGAUGGUGCAGGCGGAGGAGAAAGCAGUUAUCUCCUGGUGAUCGUGUUAAUGAUCAUCUACCAAGAUGCCUCGAAAACUGAUUAAAUUCCUGGUCCUGUUCGACAAUACUUCACUCUUGUACUUUCCUGGACAAUUUUUAUCCGGAAGGGUUUUGUUGGAACUUCAGGAGGAUAUUCCCACAUUAGGUCUGCAUUUCCAUGUGAUCGGUGAAGGUGUAGUAAAAGUCAGAUCUUCACGUGAUGUCAGAACAAGAGACAGAGAGAACUAUAUUGAUUUCAGGAUGAGAUUACUUGGGGAACCAGGUCAAGGUGCCACUGUCCUAUCGCCAGGCAUCCACAGCUUCCCUUUCAAACUAGGCCUGCCUUUAGGUCUACCUUCCACGUUUCUCGGUAAACACGGUUGGGUACAAUAUUAUUGCAGAGCCGCACUCAGGGAGCCCCAUGGGGUCACCCAUAAAAAUCAACAGGUGUUCAUCGUUAUGAACCCUGUGGAUUUGAAUUUGGAACCACCUGUAUUGGCGCAACCUUAUCGGUGUGCAGUGUCCCACAAAGUUGGGGGCGUGGCCUGUGUGGGGGGCGGAGCCCUGGUUUGUGACGUCAGUCUGGACAGAGGCGGAUAUGUUCCUGGUGAGACUGUCCUUAUCAAUGCGACUGUUACGAAUGACAGUGGGAUAACUAUUAAAAAUAUCAGAGCGGCCUUAACGGAGACUAUAGAAUACAAGGCCCAAGGAAAAGUCGUGAGGACGGAGCGCCGCGAAUUGGCGGCCAUAACUCGUGGGGGGCGCAUCAGACCUGGAGAGACUUGCAAAUGGCGUAAGGAGCCCCUGCACGUGCCCCCUUUGCCCCCGACGAAUCUUAGGGGAUGCCAUUUGAUGGACGUCAAGUACGACGUCUACUUUAUAAUCGAGCCCAAAAGCCUGGACAAAGAAGUGAAACUUCAGCUGCCAAUUGUAGUGGCAACUUAUCCGUUGAGGACAGGAGAUGCCGGCGCCAAUGGCGACGAGACUUUGGGGGGCACCCUGAGGGCCAAUUUGGCGGAGGCUCACUAUCCGUCGACUUUGCCCGUUUUUAGACCGUGGAUACAUAACAAGGCGUAGGGGGAAGUAGACA